AUGACGCAACUUCAGAUUAUCGAGGAUAUGACCUUACAUGGAAGGGUGUGGAGGUUGUGUAUUAAAGUAGAAGAUCCGGAUGAAGAGCAGCGACUGAAGGAAAAUCGAAAGAAGGACGUAAAGGCAUUGUUCUUCCUUCAACAAGCAGUCAAUGAGACAGUAUUUUCCCGAAUUGCAGCAGCCACCACUUCGAGGCAAGCAUGGAGAAUUUUACAAACAGAAUUCCAAAGCUCAUCAAAGGUAAUAGUUGUAAAACUUCAAACUCUUCGGCAUGAGUUUGAAACUUUAAUGAUGAAAAGAAAUGAACAUGUGCAAGAUUUUUUGUCUAGAGCAAUGGCUAUUAUUAGUCAAAUGAGGUCAUACGGAGACCAAAUAACUUAUCAAACUGUUGUUGAAAUUUUUUUAAGGAGUUUAACUCCUAAGUUUGAUCAUGUUGUGGCUGCAAUUGAGGAGUACAAAGAUUUGUCAAAAUUUUCAUUCGAUGAAUUGAUGGGUUCUUUACAAGCACAUGAGGCAAGGAUAAACAAGUUAACAGAAAAGCAGGAAGAAAAAACAUUUCAAUCUAAGGUGGAGGCACAAAAUUCAAGAGAUCAUGAAAAGGCACCAACAGGAAGAGGACGGGGCAGAGGUGCAUUUCGUGAAAAUAGUCGAGGUCGAGUCAAAGUCUUUGAACAAAGACACUUCAAUGAGCAAAAAUGUAAUAGAAGCAACAAACAAUGUCAUAACUGCAAGAAGUACAGGCAUGUGCAAGAAGAUUGCUGGUACAGGGAGAACCAAGCAAAUUAUGCAGAGACAACUAAUGGAGAAAGUAAGUUGUCCAUGGCUUGUCGUGAUACUAAUGAAGUUUCAGGUGAUAUGUGGUUUGUAGAUAGCGGCUGCUCCAAUCAUAUGUCAGGUAUAAAGUCAAUCUUCAAUGAACUUGAUGAGACACUAAACUCGACUGUUAGGCUUUGGUGA